ACCACCUGGCGGCCACGUCUCGGCAGGUGUUGGGUUGAGUGUGCCUGGCUGGGGCGUAACCUCACCUGCUACCUACCCACCUACCCUGUCCCUCACAUUCUGCCCCCCAUCAGCCACUAAUCCUCUCCACCCCUCCCCCGCACACCCCGCCACACCCACGCCUCCACUCCACGCCCACCCGCCCACCCACACCGGCAGGCUGACCAAGACCAGCGCUUGCAUCACCAGGUGUUGGGGCGAGGAUGGACCGCCGGCUGGUGCUGCCCCUCGCCGCCCUUCUGCUCCUGGGCCGCGGUGUGCGGCCGUACAGCGACAAGACGGUGGAGAUCGUGGAGCUGGUGGUGCCGGAGUCCCCCAAGGUGGGCGACGACGUGACGCUCACCUGCCGCUUCAACCUGGUGGGCAACAAUCACCGCCUCUACACCGUCAACUGGUGGCGCGGCAAAGACCAGUUCUAUACCUUCAAGGGCACCACGAUCGACCAAAAGCACGCCUACUCCUUCGACGGGAUCCAGGUGAAGGAGGAGGCGUCCACAGAGGAGUCAGUGGUGCUGCAGAACGUGUCGGAGGAGACUUCGGGGCUGUUCAAGUGUGAGGUGAUGGGCGAAGGUCCCUCCUUCCGCACCGCCGUGGCCAACAAGACCAUGACCGUCGUGAUCCCGCCGCGGAAGGUGGAGAUCCUGGCGCGGUCUCAGCCCGACCCGCCGGUGUACCGCGUGGGGGAGACGAUACACCUAAACUGCACGGCGACGGCAGCCAAGCCUCGCGCCGACCUCACCUGGAAGAUUGAUGACCUGCCGGUGGAGGACCAUCAUGUUCAGCGCCUCCGGGACUACGAGGACCACCGGGGCCGUGUCACCUCCACGCUCAACCUGUCCUGGAACCCCCCGACAUACUUCCGCAGCGGCGUGGCGCGGGUGGCGUGUCACGCGGUGGUGGGCGGCCACAACACCACCGUCACCAAGGACAUCUACCUCGACCCCGCCUCCAGCGCCGCUCUCAACCACCUCUACGCCUCCAAAGGAUGUCAACUCUCAACCACCUGGACCAUCCUCAACUUGCUCUUCUUCUUCCUCGUCAGGCCCUCGCCCUAGCACCGCGACGGAACACGAAGAGGAAAAAAAAUUGAGUUACAAAGGUGUGUGAAAUAAAACACUGAACAGGACCGCCACAGUCUGAAAAACCCAAGAAUAUGAGCGGGAACAAAACAGUGUUAUAAAAGAGAAUAUGUGACAGCCAGGUACGCAUACAGAUAGAUAAAUAACAUGAAUAAUAUAAAUACAAUGAAUUGGUCCACCACACGCAGAAAUGCCAAGAAAAGACGAGAAAAACAGCUCAGUGAAUGACACACACACGAAAUGGAAGAAAAUAAUGUGCGAAAAGAGUGAUGGUGAGCGACUAUAACAAAUGGCGCGAAAAAGACGAUAAAAAGAGACGCACGAAAAGAACGAGACACGAGGCCGUUUGGAAAUGUCACUAUAAAAAAUAAGUGAAUAACACACAUACAAAAGCGUAAAAGACACAUACGGCAGAGAAAAAAAGAAUAAAACGAAGUAAUAUGACGAAAAAUUAAUGUCAAGCGCAGAAAGUGAAAAUGUGUUCGUUGAGAGGAGUAAAAUAAUGUGAAUGCGACGCGAAAGUAAAUGAUAUAAAAGAAAAGCGUGAGGGACAAAUGUGCUGAAAUAUAUCAAAUGAAUUAGGAGAAAUAAGACGAAACAUUUAGCAAAAAAGUUAUAAAACGAGAAAAGAAUAUAAAAAAGAAAUUUGUAAUGAAUGUUAUAAUGGGAAAAUAAAGACACAUAAGAAAUAAGAACCACGAAAUUGAGGGAGAAAAGUUGAAGGGAAUGAAUCUAAUACACACACGAAAAAUAAUUACCAUCACGUGCAAUAAAGAAGUCAAAUAAAAAAAUAAAAAAAAUAAGUGACUAUGAUGCAAAGAAAAUAAAGGUGAGAUUAAUAACGAGAGAACAUGACACUUUAUGAUAAUGACGAUGGAUUGCUUGGCUUCUUUUUAUCUUCAUUCCUGACACACUCAUUCUUUUCUUUUUUCUUUCUUUCCUUUUUCCUUUUGGUGAUGACGCUCUCUCAUUCUAUUCACUUCUACAUGUUUUUCUCCUAUCUUGUGUGCGUAUUGAUUAUGAUUCUUUGUUUGUUUAUGUUUGUUUGUGUUUGUGUUUGUUUGUUUGUUUAUUUGUUUGUUUGUUUGUUUGUUUGUUUGUUUGUUUGUGUGUGUGUGUGUGUGUGUGUGUGUGUGUGUGUGUGUGUGUGUGUGUGUGUGUGUGUGUGUGUGUGUGUAAACAGAGGCCUAAAAUGAGAAAAUGAAGAACACUAAUCCAAACACAAGUUACGUUAAUAAAACAAAUUAUCGAGA